AUGUUGGUUCGACAUUGGGGUCUGGCCGCCCUUGCAUUGGGCACUGGGCUAUGCGUGGCGAUACCGGAGCAGCAGCCGCAGCAGCAGCAGCAGCAGCAGCAGCAGCCACGAGCAGACAGCGCAACGCUGCAACUACCACCACUCCCUUCUUGCGCUCUUCCGUGUCUGCUCACCGCAAUGUCCAAGUCGAAAUGCUCUCUGACAGACAAGGCCUGCGUCUGCCAGGACCACGAGCUGCAGACCACCGCCGCGGCGUGCAUCGCCAAGGCCUGCUCCCUCGCCGACGCCCUCCAGACCAAGAACGCGACGCAGACGGCCUGCGGGGCGCCCGUUCGGGACCGGACCGGGCAGUACUACGACAUGUCCAUCGCGCUCGGCGUGCUCGCCAUCGCCCUCGUCAUCGUGCGGCUCGUCUUCAAGCAGUUCUGGCACCCGAGCCGGUGCCUCGGCCCGGACGACAAGAUCAUCCUCUUCACCCUGCUGCUGCGCGUCUCCGGCACCAUCCUCAACAUCAAGGGUCUCGCCGACCACGGCAUGGGCCGGGAUGUGUGGACCUUGCCGGUCAACCAGCUCAGCACCUUUGUCAUGUGGCUGUACGUCAUGGAGGUGCUGUACCUGACGGAGCUGUCCCUGAUCAAGCUGAGUCUGUCGGCGUUUUACCUAUGCGUUUUUCCGGGCACGGGCGUCCGGCGGCUGUUGUGGGCGAUCCUGGUCAUCAACGUACUCUUCGGUUUUGGGUUCGUCACGGCGGCCAUCUUCCAGUGCACGCCGAUUCACUACUGGUGGACGCAGUACGAGUCGCCGGGACACGGCCACUGCAUCAACAUCAACGCCUUGGGCUGGUCCAACGCCGUCAUCAGCGUCGUGAUUGACAUGCUGAUGAUUGUCGUUCCGCUCAGUCAAAUUACCAAGCUGAAACUGCACUGGAGGAAGAAGGUCGGAGUAUUCAUCAUGUUCUUGACAGGAACCUUCGUAACCGUCGUCUCUGUCCUCCGACUUCGAUCCUUGGUUAGCUUUGCGAACUCGAACAACCCGACGUGGGACCAGUGGGAGAUUGCCUACUGGUCAACGAUCGAGGUCAACAUUGGCAUGAUCUGCACCUGCCUCCCCUCGCUGCGGCUGCUUCUCCUGCGUCUGUUCCCCAAGAUUGUGGGCAACACGACGGCAUCGGGAGGCGACGUAUCUUACGGCCAUGGGUCGCGCGGCCAAAGUGUCCUUCAUUCCAGCGCGACGUUGGAGAGUCACGGAAACGAGUUGCACAGCGUGGGCCACGCAAAGGGGGGUGACUGGCACUCAGACGCGGCCACCACCGACGAUCUACGCUCGGAGGAGGAGCAUUCAAGCAAACAGUUUCAUGGAUUCCAUUGGGAUGGGAAAGGCAGAUAG